UCUUCUCUCUCCCGAACUUUCAAUCCUCGUCAUGGCUGCCUCUUCCUCCUCCUCGGACCUCCCCGCUGUUGCUGCUGUCAAGCCCAUCAAGGUUGCCCUCAAGGCCGGUGAGGACUACUGGUGGUGUGCUUGCGGUCUGAGCCAGAACCAGCCGUGGUGUGAUGGUUCGCACAAGGGUACUGGCAUCGUGCCGGUCAAGGUUAACGUUGAGAAGGACGAUGACUACUACAUGUGCACUUGCAAGGCUACUGGCAGCGAGGUCGGCUUCUGCGACGGCACCCACCACACCGAGCCGGUUCUCCUCAAGUACUCGCGUCAGCUGCUCAAGGCCAACUCGGAGCUCAAGGCCGAUCUUGUCUCGCUCAAGCGCAACCUUGCCAUCGCUUCGAUGCUCUCGGUUGGCUUUGUCGGCUCGCUCAUCUUCUUCCUUGGCCGAAAGAACUAGUAUCGGCAUCAAGCCCUCUCUCUCUCCCUCCUCACCUCCGGCCUCGAGCGACGGCCUACCAGCCCAUCAAGGUCGCGGGCGUGGUCAUCAAAUACCUUACC